CACCGCUACACCACCAGGAGCAGCAGCACCCCACCACGGGAGCGUAUGGCUCAUGCGAUGCUGCUGAAGGCGAGCCGCUGCAGGCUGAGUGCCCCAUCUGCAUGAUGCACCUGCUGCCGUUGCCGGAUGACGAUUGGGGUGAGGAUGGGGGGGAAGAGGACGCGGCAGGGCAGAGUGGGGAUGUCGGAGCGAUGGCGGCGGGGGGCGGCUGCAGCGGGCUGAUUCCGGACGUGGUGUGCCCCACCCCGCAGUGCGCCCUGGCCUUCCACUCACCCUGCCUGGCGGAGGGGCUGCGCUCGCUGCCCGACACGCGCGUGUCGUUCAGCCGCCUGUUCGGCAGGUGCCCCUUCUGCAGCAACCCUAUCACCGGACGGGCCUAGACUGGGCGAGUUUCUUUGGAUGAGGGUGACUUGGCGGCCUGCGCAUGUUUCUUUAUUCUUGUCACAUCCUUUUCCAUUAAUGUGAGGCCGGGAGGAUUGGAUAGGGUUGUGGCCUUGCGGGCCGUGGACAGCAAGGUACGUCAGUAGCUGGACUGGUAAGCAUUGUCGCUGAGGGCAUGCGUCGGGCAAAGCCCCUAGCGUGCACGCAUGGGAUAGGCGGCAGCAGGAUGGGGCCGACGGGCCACGAGGGGAAGGAGAUGCAGCAGAAGCAGUACAUGAUCUCAGGAAUGACGGUUGGAGCAUGGCAGUGUUUAUGAUGUACGAUGUACGACAGCUGGAAAUCCUCACCGCUGUCUACGGCAACCGCACUGGAUGUUUGCUGGUGACAGUGGCAUGCGUCUGUUUGGCUCAAGGUGGUAGCCCUGCCGGGACUGUAGCCUAGACCAUCGGCGUGCAACACAAACAAGCAAACGGGGAUACCCGAACCAGAAAUCAACAACCGGGGAUCCGAUAACCCAGUGACGUACGUGAAUCCCAAACACGGUACGAGUGUUGACGGCCGCUUUGCAGUGUGGCCCCGCCGGUGUGUUUUGAGAGACAGAUUUUUUCGAGGGCUCGGAUUGCGUGUUUUUGCCAUGGAGCCGGUGCCCGUCACAUGCCACGCUGUCAAGUACCUUGACCCAUAUGACGGCUGAUAAUGGAUGGCGCUGGAUGGAUGGGGGGGAUGGGAAUGCAUGACGGGGUGAUGUAUGUAUCGGCUUGUAGUACGGGUGGAUGUGGAUUGGACCCUGUACUGGGCGGAGUGUUGGGAGGUUUGGGACAGGGUUCCUUUCUGCUGUAGCUUAGGAUGACACGCACCCGACUCUUGACUCCGAUUCCUGUUAAGGCGCGGUAUGGAAGGAGUCUGAGAAGAGAGGUGGGUGGUGAUGCUGCAGGAAUCGCAGUGAGGGUGAACAAUGCGAGUCGCGGCCUAGCAGCUGCCGCCUUAAGGACGCCGGUUUGAUUCAGACCGCAAUGCGCCGACCUGUGGGACAGACUACAGGCGCUGACGAAUGGAAAGCAAACAAGGCC